AUGGCCGUAGAUUCCGUAGAUGCCCUAUCGGAAAGGAAUGCCAUUCGCCAAGGUGGACAAGGCCCUCAAGGUCCCGACCUUCGCGACCUUCGCGACGUCUCGGUGGCCAUGAAGAUUCUGCUAGCUGAGCUCCAGUGCAUGUCAGUGGAUGCUCAAGGUCGUGUCGUGUGCACAAAGUUGCACCAGAAGCUGAAGCACGUGUGGCUUCAAGGAUACAUACUAUGCAGGGACGGUGAUGACGUCGUGGACCUGGGUGACGGUUCAGCAGUGAUGAGCUUAGACGUGGGUGGUCUCAUUGCAUCGAACCCUGAUGCGAAUGCAGUGCUGCAGGCAGGGCGCUACGUCUCGUGUGUUUGUGCGGUGGAGUUCCAUCCCGAGGAGGGGCUUCUGGAUCUACACGUGGACAGCGCGAGUCCAUUGGACGACCCAGGUGACUCGUUGGCAGAGCCCUCUUGGUUCCUCGAGGCCUGUCUUGCAUGUUGGUUCAACUCAAGCCUGGUGGACACCUUUAUGCUUGUAUUGUUUGCCCUGCACAGUGCUUUGGCAGGCGGGCAAGUUGCUGGCAAGAGCUCGCCAGCUUCGCCAAGACCUUCAGGUGCCGGGGAGCGGAGCGCGGGCAUCAACCCAGCAGCUCUCCUCGAGAGCCCUGGCAGAGCUGGAGCUGAUCUUGGCCGAGGCCGGCAGAUUGCUGCUCAUGACGAAGGUAUCCCUCGUGGCCCUGAGGCAGAAGCCGCUCCGGAAGCUGCAGGAGUGGGUGAAGGAGUGGGUGCAGGAGUGGGGCCUCGCGCUCCGCGGCUGCGAGACUUCGACGGCAUCUGCUUGAAGCUGCAGACGCUGGAGCUCACCACGCUGGGGGCACGCAAGAUCAGGGGCGCAGAAUCUGUUUGGCUGCAGUGUGCCCUUGACCUGGGUGACGGCCUGAAGGACAUCUUGAUCUCCUGUCCAAGUGCAGGUGGUCGCCUCCUGACCAUUCAGCACACCUCUUUUCACAGCAAAGCUGCGUCGGCAGAGCUUCGCUCGUUGGCGAGCCUUCCGUUGCAGCUUAAGCUGCUGCUCGGCAAAGGCGAGCGCGAAGGAGCACCCCAUCGCAAUCGGGGCCGCAGCCGCUGCAGCCGGUUGCCCAGGCCGAGCUGCUGUGGUUUGCGGCCUUGCUCGAGCCGGGGAGCAUCUGUCCCUUCACUGCAGAGCUCACCGAGCUAG